AUGGAAGAAGAGGACCUCAAUACCUGGGGCCGUUUACGGCGGGUGGAAUUCCAAAGAAUACGCAUCCCCAAUCUAAGGGGGGAAUCGACGGACUCAUCGACCGAAGUCGAGAUUCCUUUCACCACUGUACCAGACUUCUCCUCCAGAUACCCCUGGCAACUCUCAACGACUGCUGCCUUUGAAUUCUUACGCCACCUCCCUCUAAUCUCCGUAUCUACCCUCCCAGAAAACACGCGGGCUUGUGAUAUUUGCCUCGAGCCAUACAUGUCAGGCGAGGACCCCGAAAAGCCCACCAAACUUCCGUGCCAACACGUACUCGGGAGGAAAUGUAUUGGCAAGUGGAUCUUACCUCGAGAGACGCGGCCGAAUACCACCUGUCCCGUGUGCAGAAGCGAGCUGUUCAGCGACGAAAGAUUCAAACCUACACUCUUUUCUCCGCCCGAAGAAGGCGACGUCGCGGAUUGGGUGGGAGAGACAACGCUUUCUUACGAAGGAGACCCGAAUGCAGAGGAGCGAAUGGAGCUCCUCGUGCAAGAGCUACAACGCGUCGGCAGCGUGCUUGGUGGAGAGCCAACAUCGUCAACCGCCGAGGUUAUGCGGAGUGCCUUGAACCAACAUGACGAGUUGAUGCGACGACUCGACGGCAGGUUGGCUGGGCAUCGCAACCGAGAGCGACUCGCGGAGGACGGCGGCGAACCCUUGAGACCGUCCGACAGGGCCGAGCUUAAUUCACUUCAGAGACGUCUACCGCAUUUGCUUGAGCUUUCACAAGAACUUCAUACCGUGGCGGAGCGGAUGUUGGCGGAUCGUCAAGAAGAUGCGGAGGAAACGGCAACGGCGGGUGAUGGAGUGGGUGGAGAUGGGGACAGUUGA